ACGUCAAACGUGACGUCACUGGAGGUGUAGUCCGGUUUGCGAGCGAGAAGAAACUUCUCCACUGUGGUGCCGACGUUAAUGAAUCAAACGCCGGAGUGACGUUCCAACACAAGACGUCUCCAUCGCUGACCAUGGACCCAAGCACCAGCGCGCUCAAGCAGAGGUUGGCCGAAGCCGGCCAGUCUCACCUCCUGCGCUUUUGGGACGAGCUGAGCCCCGAGGAGCGGGCGACACUGAAACUGGACCUGCAAGGGAUGGACUUCCAGGAGCUCAACAGCUUCUUCAAGAAGGCCAUGGAGUUGUCCUGCAGCUGCAAAGAUGAGAAGAUGGACGGCCGGAUGGAGCCCGUGCCGCAGGAGGUGCUGGGAAGCGUGACGAGGGACAGGGAAAAUCUCAAAUCCUGGGAGCAAACAGGUCUGGAGUGCAUCUCCCGGGGCAAAGUGGCGGUCCUGCUGCUGGCGGGCGGUCAGGGUACCAGACUGGGGGUCUCCUACCCCAAGGGCAUGUACGACGUGGGGCUUCCUUCCCACAAGACCCUCUUCCAAAUCCAGGCCGAGCGCCUUUUGAAACUGCAACAUCUGGCCGAGGAGAAGCUCGGGAAGAAGUGCUCCAUUCCCUGGUACAUCAUGACCAGCGGCAGGACCAUGGAGUCCACCCAGGACUUCUUCUCCCGUCAUAAGUAUUUCGGCUUGGACAAGAACAACGUGGUGUUCUUCCAGCAGGGCAUGCUUCCAGCCAUGGACUACCACGGCAAGAUCAUCCUGGAGAGCAAAUGCAAACUGUCCAUGGCUCCUGACGGCAACGGGGGUCUGUACAGAGCCUUGGGGAAGCACGCCAUCUUAGAGGACAUGCAGCGGCGGGGAAUCGACUUCAUCCACGUGUACUGUGUGGACAACAUCCUGGUCAAAGUCGCUGACCCGGCCUUUGUGGGCUUCUGUGUGCAGAAGAACGCCGACUGCGGCGCUAAGGUGGUGGAGAAAAGCAACCCGACGGAGGCGGUGGGCGUGGUGUGCAGGGUGGACGGCCAUUACCAGGUGGUGGAGUACAGCGAGAUCACGCUGACCACGGCCCAGAAGCGAAGCGCCGACGGGCGGCUGAUGUUCAACGCCGGGAACGUGGCCAAUCACUUCUUCAGCUUCUCCUUCCUCAAAGACGUAGUAGAGACGUAUGAACCAAAGCUUCAGCACCACGUGGCCCAGAAGAAGAUCCCAUUUGUGGACUCCAAGGGUGAAAUCAUCACGCCAGACAAACCGAAUGGAAUUAAAAUGGAAAAGUUUGUCUUUGACAUCUUCCACUUUGCCAAGACUUUUGUGGUGUACGAGGUCCUGAGGGAGGAUGAGUUCUCUCCGCUGAAGAACGCCGACCGCCAGGACGGGAAGGACACGCCCACCACCGCCAGACACGCCCUCAUGUCCCUCCACCACCGCUGGGUGCUGAACGCCGGGGGCCACUUCAUCGACGAGAACGGCACUCGCAUACCCGCCAUACCCAGUGUUUCCAGAUGUGGAGGAGCAGGCGGUGUCGCGGAUGAUGGCAACACAAACCUCAAGGACGGAACAGACCUGCCAAUCAAAUGCGAGAUCUCCCCACUGGUGUCCUACGGGGGUGAGGGUAUCGAAGAGUUGGUGAAGGAGCGAGAGUUUCAUCCGACGCUGAUCAUCGACGAGAGCGGCGUCCACCAGCUGGUGAAGAACGGCCUUUAAGACGAGGAAGAGGGAAAAAGCCGUGAUGUCAUCAAUGUGCAAAAUAAGUGGUGGGAAGGCCCAAGAUGGCGUCCUCUGAGCGGCAUCCUUUAGGGAGGACACGAAGGACAAAGUCCUUUUUAGGUGAGAGACCGGGUCUGGUGCAUCUCUUUAUUUUACUCACGAGACUUUUUUUUUUUUUUAUCGCUAACUGAUGGCACCCGUUAGCUUCAAAUCUUUAGGAUCAUUAAGGCAAGGACACUUUUCCGACUUGAUUCCGACUUUAACACAUCAACGGCAUUCCGAUGUUCCACAUGUGGAAAUCACGCGUGCACACAUAAUGUUUUUAUUAUGUGUGGUCAAAAUAAUCACGAAAGUCGCUCAUCCGCGCUAGCUAGGCACCGGUCACCACAGGAUGCCUUCAAGUGUGCUCGUAAAUUACAGAACUUCAAUGACCAGGGUAAAAAAAAUGUCAUUCAAAUGUCCUAAUAAAUAUGUUUUUACACUUUUAGCU